AGUAAUUUAAUUUUCAAUUCUGGUGUCUUAACGUUAGAAUAAUAGUUUAUUUUGUUUCUUUGUUUAUAGUUAAUUGUUUCUCUUGAUAGUUAAUUUAGUUUGGUGAUUGUUCAAGAUGAAUCGUCGUGGGGUAUCUGUUGAUCGGGCUUAUACCCGAGCGAAACCUUUAACAUUACAAUAUUUAAUUCGUGAUUCAGAUUCGAGUGAAAGUUCAGAUCAACAUGAUGAUGAUGAAAUUGGUAAUAAUAAUAAUGGUCACAAUGGUUACAACAGUUUAAAUGAUAAUCUUUUAAAUGGUGCUGAUGAUGAAGAUGAAAAUGAUAAAAGUGACCAUUUCAAUGGAGUAAGUGAUUACAACAGUGGCCUCAUUGAUGCCAAUGGUCAUCAUAAUUCUGGACAAUAUCGGUAUCGUCAACGUCGACCCCAAUCAAUGGGUCCAAGUGUAAAUAGAAUGCAAUUAGAUGAUCCUCCAAAUGAUGGCGAUACUUUUACAACUACUUCUGGUGACCAUCAACAGGUCAAAGUAUCAAGUCGUGUUCGAGGUCGAAGUCGAAGUAAAAGUUCUGAACGUCGUCGUCGUUACUCACAAUUACGUCGUGAUUUUGGUUCGGCCUCAAAUGUACUAAGCAAAUGUAACGUUGCAAGAAAAGUAAAUGAUUACGAUUCAGAUGAUGAAGAUAACAAUCAAGGUGAAAAUAAUUAUCGUCAUUUAACAUCAGCUAAUUGUCAACAUACACAAUCAACUAAAUCAAUCACAGCCUGGAAUCAAGGGUCAAAUGGUAAAUUGAAUCAAAUCAAACCCGAUUUUUGGCCCAGAAUUUCAAAUUCAAAUCAAUGCUCUCGGUGUAAUAUUGAUUCAGCUAAUUAUCAUCCUCAUCAUCAUCAUAAUCAUCCAGUUAGACCUUCAACUUUAUUCCUUAUCCCAACUCCACCAUCAUCAUCAUCAUCACCAUCAACAACAAUUCCGAUAAAUCAUCAACAACAAUCAGCUUGUGAUGUUCAUAUAACAACGACUUUCUAUCCAACAUCAAUUGACCAAAAACAACAACAACAAUCAACAAAUCAACCUCAAAUUGCGCUGAUUAAUCCACGAAAGGAAUCAAUUGAUUCAUCAACUGACAAAGGUUUACUUGAAGAUGUAUUGAAAACAUUGAACAUUGAAAAGGAGACACUUGUUUACCAGGUUAACAUGAUGAACGAUCAAAUUGAAUCACAAAAUGAAAGAAUCAAGGAACUUGAAUGUUCACUGAACAAUUUAAACAGCCGAUUAACACCAACAUCCAAUGGAAAUGAAUCAAUUUCUACCACUGGUUCAGACCAUGAACGUAAUCUUUGUGCCAAGGUGAUUCUUGAAGAGACUCGACGAUCAUUGAUUAAUGAAAUUGCUCGUUUAAAGAGGGAAUCAUUAUUAUCCACAACAACCGCCAGUAAAAUGUCAUCAUCGUCAUCAACUAAAUCAAUGCAAUUCAAUAAUCAUCAAGAGAAAACUAGUCGAUUAAGUUCAUUGGAAAAUGAAUGUGCUUCAUUAAAAGCAACUCUUUUGGAGAGAGAAGCUGAAACUGGAUUAUUGAGAUUAGCAUUGGCCAAGAUUGCUAAGAAUACGGGUUACACUUUAUCCGAUUCCGAAUUACAGUUAAUCCGAGGAUCAAUUUCCGCUCAAUUAUUGUUAAAAGUUGGACAUGAUUUGGUUUCUCCAUUACAAAAUGGUGAUGAUGAAACAAGAUGUGCUAAUAAACCUCCAUUGGUUCCUCGGUCUGGUACAAUUAACGAUGAUGGACAAUCAACAACAGGUCGAUUGGUUAAUAAUCAUAUGGAAGAGGUAACGUCAUCGUCUUCAUCUUCAUCAUCAAAUGGAUAUCAAGCCAAUGGUCUUCAUAAUGGACACAGAGGUAGAUCAGCUUCUCCUCAUUGUUUAAUCAGGAAAUCAUCAACAUCUAAUUCACCAACUAAUACAUUAGUUGAACAGCAAAGUAAUCAAAUUAAUCAGCAAACACCAUAUUCACCUCAAAGAAGUUGUAAUCUCUAUGGUACUAUGCCGCGUUCCUAUGGAUCUCAAAUUUACCAGAGAUUACAACAGCAACAAUUAACUUCUUGUGAAGAUUAUACAAGUGAAACCAAUCGACCUCGACCAUUGUCAUCUUAUUUAUCAUCUUCUUCAUCAAACAAUCAACACAAUUAUCAUCAAUCAUCAGGUAGUGGAUUUGGAACCAAGUUUAACAUAGUUACUUUUGGUAGGAAUUUUUUGUCUCUCAAAAAAACUAAAAGAUGUCAAUCUGCACCCGAGUUAGCUCAAGAUGAUCAAACCACUAGAAGAUCACAAUCAUCUAAUCCAGAUAUAUAUCAAUCGACUGGUCCAAACACCAAUGGAAACAAGGAUAAUAAAGCCAAAGGGAUAAAGAAAUUUUUCUCAAUUAUCAAGCGAUCUGAUUCCAAUUUCAACGACAAUGGUUUCAAUCGAGGUGGAAUCCGAGCUACCACAGGUCCAAGACUGGUCGCUGGUGAAAGACGUAGAAUCGAAGUUAAUUUACCUUUCUCAAGGUUGGAUAAUAUUCUGCUGGCUCAAUGGUUAAGCAUGAUUGGCCUUGGAAUGUACAGUGAUUCUUGUCGACGAUCAAUUAAAAGCGGAGAUCACCUAUUGAGUUUAUCAGAUUCAGAGCUUGAAAAAGAUCUUGGAAUCAAGAAUAAACUUCAUCGGAAAAAGUUACGCCUCGCAUUGACCUUCGUAAAUAACGAUGUUGACCCUUUAACCCGUCAAGCUCAUCAAUUGGAUUACCUUUGGGUAGCUCGUUGGCUCGACGAUAUCGGUUUACCACAGUAUAAGGAAAACUUUAUCAAUGGUCGAAUCGACGGUGCUGUACUUCAUAGAUUAACUGUCCAAGAUUUGGUUCACCUAAAUAUCAAUUCAAAGGUUCAUUAUUAUUCAAUUCGACGAGGUAUUCAACUAUUACGAUCAACACAUUUUAACACAGACACAUUGAAGCGACGAGCACCUUCAUCAGAAAUUAAAUCUAAUGAUUGGAAACCCGAGGAAAUCGCCCAAUGGACAAGUCACAGAGUAAUGGAAUGGUUAAGAUCAAUUGAAUUAUCUGAAUACACACCUAAUCUAAGAGGAAGCGGUAUUCAUGGUGCUCUAAUCAUUUACGAACCAGCAUUUGAUUGUGAUCUAUUGGCCAGUUUACUCAGCAUUCCAAGCUCUCGAACCCUAUUACGAAGACACAUUGCAACCCAUUUUAAUCAACUAAUCGGCUUUGAUUUAGUUCAAAUGAAACGAGAAUACCGUUCAAACAAUCCUAUUUUAACACCUUCAUCCAAAAUCUCUGUUAAGAAUGUUAAAUUUUCCAUCAUCAAAAGGCGAUUGAAAACUGAUCUACAUCUUGAUGAUCUUGUUUGUCCAAUGGAUGAUAAUGAAAUUAAACAAUCUUCAGAUGAUAAUGAUGAUAAUAUUAAUGCAACAACAAUUGACAACAAAAUGUUUCUACAAAGUGAAUCUCAAGUUUAAUUGUUAACUACAAACUUAUUGCCCUCCAGAAAGUAACUAUUAUCAUAUCAGUCAUAUGGAAGCGAUGGAUUGAAUUGUAGUGUAAUCAACAAUUAAUUGAUCACUUUGAUUGGCGAAAAAAAAAGUUUAGUUUCCAAUCAAUAACGGAUAAUAUGAAGAAAUGAUUUUUAAUUUAAACAUUUUUUAUUAUAAAAUCUCUGGUAUUACACUAAUAUACUGGAUAUAAAAUCCAGUGUUUGAUUUGAUUCACCUGAUCUCUAAAUUUACACUUAACUGGAUUAAAUGAACAACAAUUUAAUCAAUCAAAUCAAUAUUUUACCUGCCAUUUAGUUGCAACUAUGAUAAUGUAACACGUUUUUUAUAUUGUUAUGUUAAAAGCAUAAAACUUUUGAUGAUUAAACCAUCCUGACAAUUACAAUCAAAUUAA